AUGGAACCUCAUUCCUCAAAUCAAAGGAAAAACUUUGGUCAAGAAAUGUCUCCAUGUGCAUGCACUAGUCUCUUGACCUGCAUGCUUUAUUUAGCUUGUAUAUCCUCCACUUUUAUUAGGGCCACCCUUCCUCAUCAACACCCUGACCCAGAAGCCAUUGUGUUGCAACUACAAAGGAAAGUUAAUGCUUCAAUAACCUCCAGAAGGCAGAUACUUGAAACAAACCCAUUAUACAUUCAAUCAAAAGAUCAAACUCCUUGCCAGACCGGGAACCCAGUCGACGAUUGUUGGCGGUGUGACCCAAACUGGGCCAAUGACCGCCAACGCCUCACAGACUGCACCGUCGGAUUUGACCAGGGUGCAAUGGGUGGAAAAGGAGGCCAAAUCUACAUUGUCUCUGACCCAUCUGAUGGAGACCCUGAAAACCCUCAACCCGGAACACUAAGACAUGCUGUCAUACAAUCCGAGCCACUAUGGAUCAUAUUCGCUCAUGACAUGCACAUAAAUCUGAAAACUGAGCUCAUUGUCAGCAGCACGAAAACCAUCGAUGGGCGUGGUGCCAUGGUGCAUAUCACUGGGAAAGGGUGCAUUGCGAUUGAACACGUGGAAAACAUCAUCAUUCAUGGGCUUUACAUUCAUGACUGUGAACCAUCAGGGAAAUCCGACGGUGAUGGAUUGGCAAUCAAGGGGAUACGGAAUUUGUGGAUUGAUCAUUGUUCUUUUGCCAGGUGUAUGGACGGAUUGGUCGAUAUCACAGAGGGAUCCACCGCUGUGACAGUGACCAAUUCUUAUUUUACGGAGCAUAAUAAGGUCAUGUUAUUAUUGAAAGUCCAAGUGAUUUGA